ACUGUUCAGUGUCCCUGAUUUAUUCCAUACACAAUCAAAAUCGGAAGUGUAGUAAGAUUUUCAAAAGGCGAAAAAAAGGCAAAUUCUCUUGAUUAUGGCGGAAAAAAAUAGUUCGAACGAUGGACAGUACUUCCUUACUUCUAGCCAGAAUGAAACGGACAAAGUGGAUUCGGAUAUGGAUGCAGCUGCCAGGCAGUGUGCAUCCACCAGAAAGAAGACAUAUUUUCAGCCAGAAGUGAGAUCUAGGAAAACGUCAGAGAAUACGAUACCACAGAAACAAAGGUUAUCAAGUAAUCCGGGAAAAAAAUGGAACAAAUUCCCGCAGGCUGGAGUUUUCCGAAAGCAGGAUGGUGAAUUCCGAACCAUAACUAUCAAAAAGGGAAAACAAUGUCGUCUGCGAACUGCCUUGGAAUUACUGGAUAUCCUUGAGGGAAAAUAUGAUGACAGUGAUAGCGAAUGUUCCUUGGAUUCUAAAUCCUUACAUCGUUCAGUAAAAAGAAGCACUCGUCGAUUGCAGGCUAUGCGGUAUGAUCACACACCCAGGGAUUUCAUUGGUCUCUGCAGGGAUUGCCGAUCACGAUGCAGAAAUUGUGGCAGACGUCCUUCGGCUGUCCUUAUGGCAAGACGUAAAAGAUAUCGAUAAGGAAAUUGAAGACCUUGAUAUGCCAUGAAAGGAAUGCUGUAACCGUAGAAGUCGAAUUUCUAAAUUUAUAAGUUUAUAACAAAUAUAAAGCUUUACC